CAGAACUAUCUUAAAAUUUUAUGCGGUUCCGAAUUCCGGGCUAGGCUCAAACAGAGCUGCGUUUUUAGGAGUCCACGCGCUCGCCCUACGAUUAUUGAAUGGCAGUGAGUGACGAAAGUUGAACUAAUGAAUCGUGAUUAUUAAAGUAUCAUACAAAACCCUUAUUUUAAUUGAAUGAAAAAUGGAAAACUCAAAAUUAAAUACUUUACGUGUAUCUGUGGGUGAUGUACGAGGAGCUAGAUGUCCCAUUUCCAAAUUAAAGUUAAUAGGAAAUUAUAGUAUACAAGCAAUCGACGGUAAAUCUGAAUAUUUGAAUGAUCUAUCGCAGUUAAGGUAUUUCAAAGAGCCGAUAGAUACAGAGGACGUGAAUUUCCAUCUUGGCGUAAUUAAAAUCCAAGAUGAAGCCAUAAUUGCAGAUACCGAGAAAGAAAAUACAAUUGCAGAUACCGAAAAAGAAAGUACAGUUGCAAAUACUGAAAAGGAAAAUACAAUUGCAGAUAUCGAAAAUGAAAAUACAGUUGCAAAUACUGAAAAAGAAAAUACAGUUGCAGAUACUGAAGAAGAAACGGAAGAAACAGCACGAUACCAGAUACAUUUUUUGUUGAAAUGGGUAUUAGAGAAUCUCGAUCUCAUUAGGGCAAAGGAUUCAAAUGAAAUCGAACACUGCUUGCAGCCGGACUUUAUUUGUACUCGAGGCCCGAUUAAAACUUUGUUACUUACACCAUUCGAAAAAUUCAAUGGUUGGAUUUUAUGCGCUUCAAAAUUCAAAGGAACAAUAUACUUGAAUUAUUAUUGCUCUGAUGACAGAAUAGAACAAAUUUCAAACUUCACACCUGAACAAACACGUAAUAUUGAAUGGGGAUUUACAUUCGAGGAAUAUAUGUUAUCAGAUACCCCGUACAGGGGCGACGACUUUUCUGCACGUUGUGAUAUAAACGGAGAAUUUCAUUGUGUAUUCAAAUCGAAACUUGAUAAGAAAACUUUACUCUACUCAGCAGAAAUCGAUGGGAUUCGAUCACAGCAAGUUGUAGAAGAUACGGUGGUAGGAAAAAAUUUAGAAUUGAUAGAACUUAAAACUACUCCAUCCAACAAUUGUGGACCUAAAGGCAUAAAGGAUCCAAAUAAAAUGUUAACGUGGUGGGCGCAGUGCUAUUUGGCAGACGUGCGAACUAUCAUAUGUGGAUGUAAACAUAAAAACGGUGAUAUCAAAAGAAUAAAAGAAGUUAAAUUACAUGAAUUUCUGUAUCGUAUAAAGGACAAGCAGAAAAGAUGUCUAAGCUUUUGCAAUGGAUUUCUAGAUUUCAUAAAAAAUACUGUUUCUGAAGAACACAAUAAAUGUUUAUAUAAAUUUACAUUUGAUCUGAAUAAAAAAGAAAUUACUGCGGAAGAAUUGGAUCCGAAUUGUAACUAUGCAUUCUUGAAUCCUUGGUAUGUCAAAAAAGUAGAAGACUACUUUGCAAGGAAGGGAAAUGCCUCUUGUUCAUAAAUAUCUGCUAUAAAACAUUAAUUUUUCAAAUAGAUAUUUCUCUCAUUAUUAAUUUUAGUAUUCAAUGUCCAUGCAAUAGACAUAGAUACAUUUGUUAUCAGAAAUACUGUAAUUAUUAAUUGUGACAGUUUUGCUACUAUUUACUUUUGAUUGUAUUUUAUCAUGUAAAUAUGUGCAUUUUUCUGUACAUUUUAUAAAUCGAUAGUCUGACCGAUUUAAUCAAUUUAUUAAAAAAGAUAUAAAGGUUUCUAUCAAUAUGUCCUUUAAAUGUGUUGGUAUCAAUUUGUAUUUGGAUUAAAUUUUAUUUCUUCAUUGUAAAUGUCUCAAUUUCUGUCCACGUUCGAAUGUCUAUGCUGGAUUAUUUUUCUGUAACUUCAAGAUCAUACAAACCGACGUAAACAGAAAUUGGGACAAUUACUUUAUGACCGUUUCAUACUUACUAACAUUCUUCACGAGGAACCGUCUUCCUUUAGUACACGUCUGAGAAUACUACAUUUAGAAUAAAAUCUCUCGGUCAAUCAGUCUUUAGACGUUACUGUUCCAUCCAACUACUUUUCUGUCUCCAAGUUCAUGUAUGUAUAAAAACAGUAACACAUCGAGAAGUGAUUCCGUAUGAUUCUGUAUCGCAAUUUUUAAUGGAAGAAUGCAAGAUUCAAAUAUUAAGACAGUCUCUGUUCCUCUUAUACGUGGAUCCGCGAUGCAUAUAUCCGAUUUAGAAGUAAUCGGUAGUUACAGUGUGAACAGUGAAAGAGAAUAUGUGGAUGAUCUGUCAGAGUUAAGAUAUUAUAAGGAACCAGCAAAUAAAAAUGUUCGUUUCGAUCUCAAUUACAACGCAAAUACCACAAUAUCUACAGUAGACGAACCCUGGGAUACCAAUUUCUUGUUGAAAUGGAUAUCGAAUAACUUCGAUUCCCUUAGGGCACAAGAUGUAAACAAAAACAAAACGCAACGGUUGGUUUCUUUUCACUAUUUUGAAUAAAUGUACUAAGGCUAUGUUAUUAAAAAUUAUAACUUUAAUAGAUAA